GUCUGUCUAUGACGGUGCAGAACAUGGACGCUUCAUGGAGAAGCUGGACGCUCGCAUCCGGAAUCACGACCGGGAGAUCGAGAAGAUGUGCAACUUCCACUACCAGGGCUUUGUGGACUCCAUCACGGAGUUCCUGAAGGUCCGGGCAGAGGCCCAGAAGCUGAAGAAUCAAGUCACGGAUACCAACCGGAAGCUGCAGCUGGAAAGCAAGCAACUGGUGGGCGCCAUGGAGGAGCUGAGCCAGUGCCGGUUGCAGCAGUGGAACAUCUCUGCCACGGUGGACAAACUCACCCAGUGCCUUCCCGUUCUGGAGAUGGAGAGCAAGCUGAGGGAGCAGAUGAAGUCCAAAAGGUAG